AUGGAGCAAAAUACCCUGAAGAGACGAGGCGUUGGUCUCAUUGGGGUCGACAAGCAACUAUCCUUCGGAGGUUACACACUCUUCUGCCCUCUCACCAGCGAUCGAGCGCACCUCAUCGACAUCGAUGGCAAAGAAGUACACACCUGGAAGCUCCCUGGUCGAAUCGGCCGACACGCGCGAAUCCUCGCCAACGGCAACCUGGCCGUUAACACGCUUCGCCCCUCCCCAAACCAGACCACACACGACGGCGGCCCAUUCCCCUUCCCCUUCUUCAACAAGUACGGCGGGGGCAUCAUGAGCGAGCUCGACCCCGAGGGCACCAUCGUGCGCCAAUUCAUCGACCCCCUCGCCCACCACGACCAAUAUCACUACGGCGACGGGCGUCUGCUCUACACGAGCCUGGAACUGCUGUCCGCCACGCAAGCGGCACAGGUGCUCGGCGGCGUUGCCGGCAGCGAGAUCGACGGCCGGACGUACGCGGACACAAUCAACGAAGUCGACGCGACGGGCCAGCUCGUGUGGCAAUGGAAGGUCUCGGAGCACCUGCUGCCCCGCGCGGCGGAGUUCCCCCUGCAACCGCACUACACCCGCGAGCACUAUCCGCUCAUCAACUCCGUCCUGCCCCUGCGCGAUGGGCGGCACAUCCUGGCCUCGCUGCGCUCCGUGUCCGCGGUGAUCAUCAUCGACAAGGCCACCGGCGCCAUCGUCUGGCACCUGGGCUCCGAGACCCUGGCGCAGCAGCACAACGCCACCGAGCUGGACAACGGCAACAUCCUCAUCUUCGACAACGGGGCCUUUCGCACCGGCGAGUCGAUCACCUACUCCCGCGCCAUCGAGGUCGACCGUGCCACGAAGCGGAUCGUCUGGGAGUACCGCGAUCGCUCGCAGCCCAUCGCCUUCUUCACGCCGUUCAUGGGCAGUGCCCAGCGGUUGGGGAACGGGAACACACUGCUGUGCGAGAGUGCCUUUGGGCGGGUAUUUGAGGUCACGCGCGAGAGCGAGAUCUGCUGGGAGUAUGUUAACCCCCACUUCGCGCCGUAUCCCGAUGAGGUGACGGCGCGGUUGUUUUCGGGGGAGUCUAAUGCCUUGUUUCGGGCGUAUCGGUACGGAUUGGAGGAGAUUCCGUGGUUGAGGGCGAAGCUUGAGGGAAGCUUAGGUAGCGGCGACUGGAAAGGGGAACUAUAA